AUCGCUUCAAGCCAUCCGGUUGUGCGUAGCAGCCCCUCCACGCACGCUGUGCAACCAGACCAGAGCCACUGCCGAGACACAACCGAGCGCAAACCCACCACCGACGAUCCCUAUCGAAUCGACCCCCACCCGCCCGUCAACAUGCCUUCCGUCCGAGACAUCGCCGCCGAUGCGUUCAUCCGCGAAUACGCUGGUCACUUGAAACGAUCUGGCAAGAUCGAGGUCCCUACAUGGGUGGAUAUCGUCAAGACCGGACCCUGCAAGGAGCUUGCUCCAUAUGACCCCGACUGGUACUACGUCCGAGCUGCUGGUGUCGCUCGUCACAUUUACCUCCGAAAACAUGUCGGAGUUGGCGCCUUGGCCAAGCUUCACGGGACCGCCAAGAACCGUGGAAACCGACCCAGCCAUCACGUGGAUGCCUCCCGAUCAAUCGAACGGAAGAUCCUGCAAGGUCUGGAGAAGAUCGGAGUGCUCGAGAAGGACCCUCGAGGUGGACGCCGGGUAUCGCAAGAUGGACAGCGAGACUUGGACCGAAUCGCCAGUAACAUUGCUGAACAAAUGAGGUCCGGUGGAGACGAAGAUGACGAGGAAUGAAAUGUAAUAAUCAUGUCCAUCAUUUAGAUUCAUCUCAAAUUAUCUCGCCGGCCACAUUAUCAAUGAGUUUCUAGACGUCAGGCAAAUCGCCCAUGCGCUUUUUAGGCUGGACAACUCGGCAGAUCGAGUGUCGGCAAAAUAGCUUGACUCGGGUUGGAGAAACAGCACUAUACACACAUCAAACAUUUAAUUCACUUUUUUUUUGAGAUCUGAGGUUUUAGCUUGAGAAGGCUGUUGAGUCAGAUAUUUGCACCUUUCCAUUGGCCAGCCUUGUGAAUACAAUUAAAAUCCCUCAAUCUCUGGGAAAAGUGUUGCCCAGACUUGAGCGGCUGAGGUCG